CCUUCUUCCUUGUUCGUAGUGCAGGGCCACUCACUGGGCUCUGUCAGUUUUCAAGCUGAGCAGAAGUGUGGAUAUUACAUAGCCUCCACAGCAGCGUGAUUUUGCUCUGGCUCGGCUGAAGUUUUCCCACAGAUAAGAGAGAAAGGGGUGGGGAAGGAAGAUUGCCCUGAGGACACCUCUCUCUAGCAGGACAUGGAGAACAGGCCAACAGAAACCAAUUCAGAGGUGGACAAGUCGGCAUCUCCCUCAGUGGCUCAGCUAGCAGGGAAAUUCAAAGAGCAAGCAGCCAGUAUCACUGGAAAAGAGGUGCCACCACAUAAGCCAACUCGGAGGAAACCACCAUGCUCUCUUCCACUGUAUUCCAACAAAACUGAGACAAGCCAGAACAAUGGGCAAAAGCCAUCUCCAAAUGCUUGUCCCAUUCCCAAAGUCAAGGUGAAAAGCUCUCCCAUGAUUGAAAAGCUACAGGCCAAUCUGGCUUUUUCGCCAGCAGCUCUGCUGCCGGGAGCAUCUCCCAAAAGCCCUGGUCUGAAAGUCAUGGUUUCUCCGUUCAGCACCCCUCCCUCAACGCCCAGCAGCCCAGGGAUCCAGCCGCAGUCCAGCGAAGCAAGUGAGACACCGGUCAGCUUUGAUAAACCUCCAGAAGGCACUCAGCUACAAUUCUAUAACAAGGUGCGGACGAGGGGAUCAAUAAAGCGUAGGCCUCCCUCCAGGAAGUUCCGAAGAUCUCUGUCCGACUAUGGAGAUGGGGAAGAUUUAGGGAAUAUCAUUCCCUCUCCAGAAAAUGGUACCAAAGAAGAUGGGGAUGAGGUAUUUGAGCAUAAAGGCAAGACAGAGGAAGCAGAAACAGGGAACAAAGAAAUAAAGAAACAGACAGUGUCUGAUGAGAAGCCCCCAUCGAGGAGAGGAUCCAGCAUAUCAGACAGUGAAGACAAAGAGGAAAAGCAAGUGGAAGAAGUGACUCCUUGCAAGAGUAACACAGGAGAUACAGAAAAGGAGGAGGAGGUGUGUUGUGGUGCUCCAGGAGGGAACAACUCACCCCAGUCACCCUCUGAAGACAAGGAAGAUAAGGUGUGUGAGGCUCUUCAGGAAAAAGAGGAGGAAGGUGGUGCCUGUGAACAGGAAAAGGGAGACAAAGAGAAGGAGGAAACUGAAGAAAAGGAGACCAGUGAGAACACAGUCACACGAAGAACGUCAGACACUGAGGAAACACCACUGGCACCUCAACCACUGCAAGAGGCAGUGGGUUUAGAGACUGCCAGUGAGCCUUUAACAUCAGCCAUGCAGGAGCAGGGCACUGAGUAGCUGUAAUGCACAUUAGACGUACCCAUCCAGGACACAGGAGAUGAUGUGUGAAUAGGAACCAUCUAACUUAAUCAAGGUGGAAGCUACUGGAAAACCUUCAGUGGCAGGAGAGGAGCAGAGUACAGAUAUCCCCCGAGGUCCAGACUGAUCCCAGAGCUGAGUGGCUGCUCACCAGCUCUCUGCUUUGCACCAUCAUAUGUUGUGACAGUCAGAACAAGAGACUGCCUUACAAUCACUUGGGAGUACAAAACUGAGGUGCUGGCUGACAUCCCAAGGUGGUAACUGGAGACUGAGAGACCUGCUUGCUAUGUGCUGUCCUGGACCUGGCAGCCACCGCCACUCCUGGGCCCUCUGUUCCUUAUUCCUGCUGAGCUCCAGAAUGUCAUUUUAUUCUCCUCUGCAUUGGUCUUAGGUGAAGUUCAUCACUUACAUGCGUAUGUCUAUGGUGCCUUUUCAAUAGCUUUUUUUUUUUUUUUUGAAAUAUCUUGGGUUUUCAAAUGUCAGUAAAUAAUGUUUUAAUAGUGGGGAAAAAAGUGUGUAUUUUCUCCAUAUAUGUUAAUACAGACAAUGUGAAUCCUGAAUAUCGGAAAAUCUCCUAGGAAAUUGUUCAUAAAGCAUAAAAUGCCUUUGAAGUGGGGGCUGAGCUGGCUGAUCUGUGAAACAUCCAGUCAUUGUUGGUGGGCAGUUUUUGUGUACUUCAACUUUGGAGUGAUUUUAGUGCUGGUGGAAAGUAACAGUGAACAGAUACGAUGCACAGAAAAGAUGUGGUGUGUAGGUCAGCAGGGCAAGUUCUCUUACCCAAUGCUGUAGUCCAGUUCUGAUUUAGAAGGGCCACCUGUCCCUCAGUCCUUUUAACUUCCAGAUACUUUCCUCCUGGUAAAUAUUAAGCUGAGCAGAGUCGGAGGUUCAUGCUGUCCCUCUUCUAUGGGCAGGCACAAGGAUUUAACACAACACAGCCCACAUCCUUCCUGCACUGGGCUCUGAAGUAUAGCACUGUUACAAAACCCAGGGUUUGGAGGGAUGUCCCCUUUCUGUUCACCAACACUAAAAUCACAAAGGAAGAAAUGCUUCUAUGCCUUCCUUUCUUUUCCUCAAAUGAGAGCACUGAGGGGUUAUCUGUCAAGAGCCAACCGUGUUGGCCCUGGUACACAGAAUGGGCUUGUUGGCAAACAUGACCCCUGUGCGUCCUUUUGAGCCAUGUUGCAGAGUAUUGUGGCCUUUGGACCUUUUAUAACGUGUUUGUUAAAGCUUGUAUUCCAGGGCAGGCUGCAAUCAUUUGCUGUAUCCUGUUUCCUCUCUCAGCAGCGUCCUACCUGUGAGUGACUGUGCCUGACUGUAUAUAUCAAUUCAUGUGUGCCUGUUUAGAGAAUGAGCAUGUGUGUCCCAAGCAAGGGAGUGGAAAUCUGAGGGAGAAACAGAAGAAAUAAACGGUGGAAUAAAAACAAAACAGAACAAAA